AUGCGUAUCCUCAAGCUACCGUGGUUUGGACACAAAACUGAGAAUAAGAACAUUGAGUGUUAUGCAGUCAGUAUCAAUGCUGAUGGAACACGUCUCGCCUCUGGAGGGCUUGACGGCAAUGUCAAGAUCUGGGAUACUAGCACCAUCAACCCGUUCUUGAAAUUAAAAUUAGAACCAACACCUGUGCCGAGUUCAAGACUCGAAGAUAAAGAUUUGCCGGUCGAAUCCUUGAGGCGGCCCAUGUGCUCCAUGAGUAGACACAAUGGUGUUGUAACCAGUGUGAAGUUUUCACCUGAUGGUCGUUUUCUCGCAUCUGGUUCGGAUGACAAGAUUUGUUUGAUCUGGGAGAAAGAUGAAGAGCAAUCGAAUCGACCCAAGCAGUUUGGAGAAGUAGUUGCAGAUUUGGAGCAUUGGACCGUACGAAAGAGAUUGGUGGCUCAUGAUAAUGAUAUUCAAGAUAUCUGUUGGUCGCCUGAUGGAGGAUUGUUGGUUACUGUAGGAUUGGAUAGACUGAUUAUCAUAUGGAAUGGGCUUACUUUUGAGCGUAUUAAACGGUACGAUAUCCACCAGUCUAUGGUCAAGGGUGUAGUUUUUGAUCCCGCCAAUAAAUUCUUUGCUACAGCUUCUGACGAUAGAACGGUACGUAUUUUCAGAUACUACAAGAAGUUAAACGAGUAUAACAACUACGAAUUUCAGAUGGAACACAUUGUGAUGGACCCGUUCAAGAAGUCGCCGUUAACCUCAUAUUUCCGAAGGAUGAGUUGGUCACCCGAUGGGCAACAUAUUGCUGUACCUAAUGCGACCAAUGGUCCUGUUCCUUCUAUUGCCAUUAUCCGUAGAGGUAAUUGGGCCACUGAUAUCUCUUUGAUCGGCCACGAAGCUCCGUGUGAGGUUUGUUCCUUUUCUCCACGGUUGUUUGACAUUUCUGAAACUACCAAGAAAACUACAAGUGACUCUCAGUUUUCAACGAUUCUUGCAACUGGUGGACAGGACCAAACCUUAGCCAUAUGGUCUACCGCCACAAGUAGACCGCUUGUUGUUGCAGAAAACAUAGUCAACAGCUCUAUAACCGAUAUCUGCUGGACUCCUGAUGGCCAGGCCCUCUAUCUCAGUUGUUUAGAUGGAUCCAUUACGUGUGUAUCUUUUGACAAGAACGAGCUCGGUAGGGUCGUAAACGAGGACAUUAUCGAUGCUCAGCUCCAUAGAUAUGGAGCUGACCGAGAAUCGGCAAUUUUCCCAGAAAGUGUAGAGCAAUUGCAGUUGGAAUAUCGAUCGGAGUCUAAGUUGAGAAAUGAUAACAAGUUGUUGCUUAAACCUUCACUUUUGUUACAAAACAAGCCUGUUUCAAAUAAAACCGAAGCUGAACCAGUUAACGACAAAUCUAUAAAACCAGUAAAUAGAAUAACCCAGAAUGUGGUUAUCAUGAAGAAUGGCAAGAAAAAAGUGGCACCAACAUUGGUGUCGGCAUCGUCUACUAAAUCAUCCACCUUUAGUUCUACUUCUAAGAUGAAUUCGACUUCCAAGAAGAUACAGCUCAGUUCCAAGAUGUCACAGUCAGCAUACUUCUUGCCGAGGUUAGGUAUUCAGACUUCUGUGCAUGGAUUUAAGAUAAAGAAUGUAAACAACCAGAGUAUGAACAAUGACCAGAAUGAAGGUCAGGACAAUGACAAUGAGGAUAUGGGUAUUGACGAAAACACUGGCAAUUCAGCUAGCCUGGCCAAUAUUUCAGAAGCAACUUUGAAGAGACAGAGAAAUAAAAUCAAGCGUAUGGUGAUGGAGGUAAGAUAUCCCAGCUGUUUCAAAUUUGUCACUCAGCUUCCGGAAGCUCUUUUCAACAACCAAUCGUUGAUCAAACAUGAAGUCCAGACUAUCAUCAAUAACAUUUCCAACAAUGCAAAGGAGAUGCCAGCCGAGUUUUCUAGUAGUACUCUUUUGGAUGUUGAGGAAGAGCUUCUAUUUUCAGUUGUGUUACGUUCCGUAAGUCACAAUCACGAAACAAAUAAAGUCCUUGAAGAAAAUGGAGAUAAAGACGUCAAAACUGUCUUGACCACUAUCGAAAUCAGAAAUGGACAGAGAUGGCGAGCCUCUGAUGAUGACUUAGAAUAUGAUGAUAGUAUUGAUUUUGAUGACCCUACGAGAGUAUUAGUUUCAGAUAACAAUUCCAACAAGUUAAGAAAGUAUACACUUUUCUUUCCUUUUAGAAUUCAGCACGUAUUGCCGUUGGUAUUAGAUGACCAGCUCAAGUUUAUUGUCUUUGUUUCAUUUGAAGGAACAAUUCAGAUAGUACGUGCUGAGUCUGGGACUUACCAUAGUCCCAGCUUUUCAUUGGGAGGGAACGUUGUAACGUUAAUAAGCAGAGGCGAGAACUUGAUGGUUUUAACCAAUCGCGGUCUUAUAUAUACUUGGAAGCUCUCUAGUUCACAAGGAGGUAUGAAGUGUAUCAUACGAGGCGUCUCGAUAGCUUCAGUACUAAACACAGUAGAAGUUCCUGUUAUUGCUAAAAGUAAACCAUUAUCGUUGGUGAUGCCUAAUGUUCGUGUUAUCGACAUUAAUCCAGAAGAUGGGUCACCGUAUAUAAUCACUGAUUCCACAGGAGAUAUAUUUUCAUACUCCAUCUCUCUUGGUUGUUGGACCAAGAUAGUUGAUUCGUGGUAUUUUCUCGCAGUAGAUGACGAUUAUCGAUUGGAUGAUACCAGUACUGAAAACAAGAAAUUGGUGGAUCAGUUGAUCUGUAAGUCACUUGCCAAGUUUACAGACGAUGUCAGGAGGCUUAAGAUUAAUAGUUACGAUUUUUCCAAGGAUGGGGAUGGUGUUGAUGAAUUAUAUGAUACAAUGCUUAGUCGGUUUCAAGAAGUCCUUGAAACGAAAGGUAUUAGUUAA